AUAUCAGUACGUUCAUAAAGGCAUACCUUAUUUGCAUCGGGUUCGAAAUUUCACAUCGAAGUGAAAGUAGUAAAUGGCCUAGUUAGGCCAGUAUAAGUAGGCCUAUAUAUAGGUUUCAGUUACACAAGACAGUGCACUGGAUGUGUACCUGAAUAUAUUUUAUUCCUUUUUCUUAUUGGUUUUGUCUUUCUUUCUAAAUUUGUUGAAACAGUAUUAGAAACAGAGCUCAGAAAGACUUCCUUUCACAAUGAGGACGCUUGUAAAAAUUUUAAUCGCACACCUGUCAAUUUUUGUAUUUUUAUUAUGUGAUACGGACGCAGCAGGGUUUACCGUUGAUCAGUUUAAACAUGCCAAAUUAGUAGAAAAGGACGAUCUUCCAGGAUUCAAGCAAAGUGAAACCAUCAGAGUUCUGUAUUAUUUUCACGUAGAUAACCCCCGACACAGAGGUUUUUAUUUUGAAUAUGAUAAAUCGGCAGAAUAUCUUGGGUUGUACAACAUAAAGCUGGGAGUGGUAAAUUGCCAAGAUCCGUCAAACUCUGAUGUUGACAAAUGCAUGCAAGAUGGAACAGCAGGUUUUGUUUACACGUAUAACCAUGGAAACGAACUGUUGGCCCUGGAAAUUGAAACCAUGUUUGAUGUAAAUUCAAUUAUGUCAAAUAUUUUGCAAUUAGCCCUCCUCAGAGAUGUUCCAAUAUUACAGACGGAAACUGAGAGGGAGAAUUUUGUAAACAAACACAAGGGGACCAACGAUAUCAUCUUUUCCUUCCAGAAAGCCAUUGGAACUUAUGAACACCGAAUUUUCAUGGAGGUUGCCUAUGCAUUCCAUCACAAGUUCAAGUUUGCUAUCAGCACAUCAACCACGGCAGUGACUGGUCUCGUAUCCUCCCCAGAGACUGUAGAGGAUGCCAAAGUGUGGUUCCUGAUGUGUAGCCAAGUUUCCCACAAAGGGGAUGAUUGUUUCGUGAAGAUGUACGAUGAAAAGAUGGAUUUAUCCACCUUGGCCACCUUUAUGAGAAGACUGGACUCGCCACCUAAUUUUGACAUCCCUGGUAAUGGCACCACCCAUCCAUACACAUCUGACCUUGACCUUCACUUGGUGUUCCUGUUCUACAGGGAACCCACCAAAGAAAAUGUCCAGGAAAUGGUCCGUUUGAUUGGAAGACAGUUCCAUGGAACGGCUGGAUUUGUCACGGUUGACUUAGAAAAUGCAAAACUUGGGACAAUUGGAAUAGAGGAAAUCCCAGAUAGUACACCAGCCAUUGGUGUGCAGUUAAAAUCAGAGGUCAAACCAGUGUUUAUGACUGAGGCUUGGUCAUUGGACGGGGCUAUUGAGUUCUUUGCUAAUAAGCUUCAAGAGUUCGAUGUCGCAUUUAGGGAUGACGAGAAACAGAGCAGCAGUGAAAUAUCGAGGCCCGUAGAUGAUGGCCAGGAUGAUGAGAAUCCUUCAGAGAAGGACAGAUAUGAUGAGGACAUUGAGACGGAGGAUGACCAGGUGGCUGAGGCAAUACAGAGAGCCAGAAAGAUUAAAAUGGACUUAGCACUGGUCAAGAAACUGACCGACAAAACUUUCACUACCACAGUUAAAGAGAACGACAUUGUCUUCACUCUCUUCUAUUUACCAUUCGACCAAAGAAGUCUGGCUUUUCUACGCGCCUACGGAGAGGCUGCCAGGAAAUUUGAGAAGCAGACAGACAGACCAUACACUUUAGUAAACUGUCAUGAUUGGACAGAUGUGUGUGGUGAAGAGAAGAUUACCCAGUACCCGAUACUGAGAAUAUACAGGCAAGGGAGAUUACUCAAAGACUAUGAUGGACUUCUGAGCACUGAGGGUGUGGUGGAUUCCUAUAAGUUAUUGAAACAAGAGAAGCCGGUUUAUUUACCGGAUAUAGAAGACAUUGAGAAAUUCUCUAGUGGGGUCCUACCUGAUGGUUCCAAUGUGACAGGGAGUGUCUCUAUGAUGGCUUUCUAUUCUGAUCAGCAAAAAGAAGUGCAGACGUACAGAGAAGUGGCUGAGAAGCUGGGAGAUAAGUUUAUGUUUGGAAUGAACAGUGAGGGAAAAGGGAAAGAUGUUGCAAAGAAAUACGAUUGUGUGGAUCUUCCGUGUGUCAUUCUCUUGAAGAGCUAUGACCUUGUUCAGCCUUUCAUCACCUACAAAGGAGAUUUCUCUUCAGCUGAGGAAUUAACAAAGUUCAUUGAAAACUCCCUGAUUCCUUCACUUGCUGAAUUGACUCCCUCCAUCUUCCCCAGACUGUACAAACAGAAUAGGCCGUUUGUGAUAAGUUUUAUAGAUGACACUGACACAUCCAAGGAGAUGUUGGAACCCAUUCAGAGCCUUGUGAAAGGGGGCAGUUUUCCAGACCUCAUCUUUUGCUCACUACAGUCUGGAGAAAUUAACAGCUUUGGUAGACAGAUUUUACAAACCUACCACAACUCUACCUCGUCUUCACUGCCCGCCUUGUCCUAUGCACAUCUUAAAGAGGGAAAAGUGUACAAUUAUUUGGACAAAGCAUUUACAAAGGAUCAGAUUGAAGCCUGGCUCCGGGAAAUACAGACUCAGGUCAUUGACAACAAAACACUGUUUUUACUAAAGCAAGGUACAUUUAAACCAAGAAUUAAGGGGUAUCAUUUCCUGGACUUCAUUAAAGAGGAUGAGGAGCUGAAGAAUAAAAGAAAGCGAGGAAAGAAAGUGGAUCCAGAUGUAGUGACUGCUAACAUCCACGGAAUAGGAUUUGACAGUGAGGGGAAUGAAGUGGUUAACAUGGGGAAUGUCGUGAAAAAGGAGGAGACAGUUGAUGAUUCCGAGAUAAGGAGGGAGCUUAUUGACUUGCAGAAAUCUCGGCUGUACCACCAUUCAGAAAGUAAACACAAGCCCCCACAGAAGAAACCUGACAACCUCUCAAGUCCUCCUGUAGAUGUCUCUUCAGACCCAUCCAAUGUAUCCCCACCCUCAGAGACCCUGGGCUCAGGAGAACCAGCUCCACAUAGCACUACUCCCACCUCUGAUGGAUCCACCCCUAGUUCUUCCAAGGAAAAAAUCAUUCAUGAGGAUCUGUAACAAUUUCUCGCUACUUUAUGGCAAAUUAGAUUUAUUUUUGUAAUUUUUAGUGUGGUGGUCCAUAUAGUAUACAAAUUAUUUUCUUAUUUGUUUACUUAUAUUUACAUCCAACAGGUAAGUGGUUUAUUUGUUUGAAAAGUUUUUUAUCCUCCCACAGUGCAUUAGGAGAGGGGAUAUAGUAUUGACACCGUUUGUGUGUAUGAGUAUGUGUAUGAGCACGCACGCAUGCAUGUGUGUGUGUAUCACUGAGCUUAUAUGCACUCCAUGGUCCACAUUUUUUGCAUAAUUUAUUUCAUACUUCACAUGUAGCUUUUGUUAUAAAAAAAAAAAGGAAGAACCCUUUUUAUUUUGGGUUCAUAAAUAAGGAUUGUAACCUUUCAUCAAGCCACAUUUUUUGCUCGAUUAAUUUCAUACUUCACAUGUAGCUUUGUUAUCAAGAGAGGAAUAAGCCUCUGGGGUCCAGAGGUCAAUGUUACCAUGGGGCUUUAUAGAAAAAACUUACAUUUACUGACUGCCUACAUUGCGAGAGGAUGCCCCGAUUUGUGGAGCUCUUGUUGUUUUGAUAGAAUUUUAUAAAACUCAAAUUACAUUUUUUCAGACGUACAAUUUGAUGAAGAUAUAUAAUGCAAUCAAAAAACGAGACAAUUUUUUCAUGAAUUAUUUUUUUAGAUGUUGAAUAAUAAGAGAAGGGUGUUGAUUGAACAAUGUUGAGUUAGGAGUCUGUAUGAAUGUAGAAUUAUCAUAGUACAUGUAGAUUCAUGAUGUGAAUAAUUGAUACAUGUAAGAGUGUGGAUCUAGGAAAUUUUUAGUGAUUAUUCAUAGUUGUUCUGUUUACAAGUACAGGUGACUCUCAAUGGCUCGAACUUCAAUCUCUCAAAGUUCUCAAUAUCUUGAAGUGAAAUCAUGAUCCCGAAUAUUUUCUCUAUAUAACUAAGCAAAUUUACCAUCAAUCUCUCAAAUGUUUGAUCUCUCAAAGUUCUCGAUCUCUCGAAGUGAAGUUGGGUCCCGUAAAACACAUUUCAUUGAUUUUCACUCGAGAUCACUCGAAGUGGUGGUAGGUAUAGACACUGCUACCCAAUCAUAUAAAUAUUUCCACACUAGAACCUUACCUGGAUUUUCUUGAAUGUGGGAGGGUAGUUUGGACAUGGUAAUUAGGUGUUUACAUAGGUGAUACUUAGUGUGUGCUUCUUUGUGGAGGUGGACAUUUGAGUAUAUAAUUGGCUAAUUGGUCAGUUUUUACCCUACAUAGGGGUCUUGUGAUGAUUAAAAUUUGUAUAUAAUCUGACUAUGAAUAAAUUCUAUAGUUUGUUUUUACUUCACAAAGAGAGAGUAAGUUUGAGACAUUAAGUUAAAGACAGUGAUUUAGAGAUCUAUGGAAUGUUAAAUUUCUGGAGUUUGUUUUUUGUGUAAAGUUACUCUAAAACAUCGUUUUACUAUUUGUUAGAAUUUUUGCUUUGUGUAAAGUGACAUAAAAUUUACCGAUGGUAAAGCUUUAUCGGGAAUUAGUUUUGUACGCCUAUCUUAGCAUGCUAGAAGAACAAAUGAAUACAUAAACUUUGAAAUAUUUUUAUUAAUGCAUAAUAAGGUUCUUGAUUUUGAAAUCAAAUUAACUGACAAGUAUGAAGGAAAACGUGUCAAAACGAUCCCAUGAUUUUGCUGGUAAACAUUUCCGGUUACUGUAAAAUCUUAACCUCGGUUUGGUCGGACCUUCAAUUUCCAAAUUUCAAUAUCUUGAACUCGAGAUCUCUCAAAGUUUUAUCAAGUUCCCUUGCACAUCGAGUUUUCGAGAGUCACCUGUAAUAGAAAAUUUUUUAUGGAAUCGAAAAUAAAAUGCAAUAUAGAAUAUGCAGUUUACAGCUUUGACAUGUAUUUUCAUUCCGUUCUGAAUUGCUCAAAUAAUUUAUUGACAUAUACAUGUGUGUUUUUCCUAGGAUAUGCAAUAUAUAUAUUAACUGCUAGUCUAGUCAGCCAGUAUAAACAGAUUUUAAUAUCAAUAGAAAUUUUAGAAUUUCGUGGUUCAGAUGAAAGCAGCAUAACCAGCUAGAUGUGUGAAAUCGAGCUCCUCGUUUUUUUUCUCUCUCAGUAAAAUUGUGUUCAUGUUCUUGUCUGUCUAAAGUUAUAAGUUUAACUUUAUGUGUGAAAAGGACCCCCAACCCCCAACCCCCCCACCCCCCCCCCAACCCAAAAUUACUGAGGAAUAGCACACCAAAGAAAUUUGAUAUGGAGGAAAAGGGAUGACAUGUACAAUAAUAUUUUGAAAUUGAAAUCUUUUAACUUUACUUUAUUUCGUCAAAAGUGCAGUUUUAGUAGAAAGUAAUCUGAAAAUUUUACUGAUAUCUAUAUUUUCAUCCAUGUUUUAAAAGGAAGUCAGCCAUUAUAACGAUGUAAUGUACUUACUUAUUAAUUGUGGUACAUUAGCAGUGAAUGCUUACCAUGUGUUGACUUGCAUGCAGGUGAUUUUAAUAAACAGAGGAAGUGAAGAUUGUCAGACAUGUUGCUUUAAGUAACUGUAUAAGGUCCUGAAAAUAUGAAAGUGAUUGAGUCCCAGAUAAGCUUGUUGUCCCAGCACAGUUUUAAAAAGAUUGAAAUUUUUAAUUCUAUAGUAUAUUUGAAGAAGAAAAUUUCAGCGUCAUUAAUUCACAAAACAAUCAUUGCAUUUGGAAAUGUUUUUAUAUACCUUGGCUGAAAUUUGAACCAACAAAUACGUUUUUGAGAGGACCUACACUUCCUCACUGUGCUGCAAUUUAGAAUAAAGCCAGUAGAAAAGUUGUGGGGAAAUUUAUCAUAUACAUGUAAUAUUAUAAUGAUAUGAGAGUUGUUGACCCUGCAUGAGAUCUGUACACCAUGAAACCAUGUGUGAAAUAUUCAGGUUGUUAACCAUUGAACAUGUCCUGUUUUAUGACACAGUGUGUCUUAAGAUUAAUAUAUUGUGGUCAUUAAUGGCUGUAAUAAGCAACAGGUACUGUAUUGGUGUGCUCGGCAAUCACUUCAAUGUUUUGUUGAAAAAUCUUGUACCCAUCUUACUUUCAUGUCCAGCAAUCUUUUUAUUAAGGCAAUAUUCUAUUGAAGGUCAGCUUUAAUAACCUGUCUAUUUAUAAGAAAAUGUACAAAAGAAGUUAUGUCUACAAAAAUAUUACUUGAUUAUAUAUUUUUAUUUCUGGUGCAGUUUUGAUUUGAUGCAUUUAUUUUUGUUGAUAUAUUUUCUGUUAAAUCAUUUUCUAUUUUGACUCUAUAUACUGUACACCUGUAUUGUUCAGCAUGUUCCUGCUUAUGUAUGGAAAUACAGUUGCCAUAUUUUGUUUUUUCUCUGUUUAAAAAUUGUUCACUUGCAAGUUUUCUUACAACAGUGUGUUUUAAAGAUGGCGACAGAAGCACGAUCACCUUUCCAAGGAAAGGGCUACAAGCAAAAUCUCAGGCCAUGUUUUUUCAGUACAAGCAUGAAGAAUAAUUACAUUUUAAGCUGAUUAAAAAAGUGAUUUAAUUUGUACUCUUUUUAUGCCCCCAAGAUCAAAGAUCGGGGGGCAUAUUGUUUUUGUCCUGUCUGUCAUUCUGGCUAAAACUUUAACCUUGCUAAUAACUUUUGAACAGUAAGUGAUAGAGCUUUGAUAUUUCACAUGAGUAUUCCUUAUGACAAGACCUUUCCGUGGGUACCAACAUUUUUUACCCUGUGACCUUGACCUUGGAGUUUGACCUACUUUUUGAAAACUUUAACCUUGCUAAUAACUUUUGAACAGUAAAAGAUAGAGCUUUUAUAUUUCACAUGAGUAUUUCUUGUGACAAGACCUUUCCGUGGGUACCAACAUUUUUUACCCUGUGACCUUGACCUUGGAGUUUGACCUACUUUUUGAAAACUUUAACCUUGCUAAUAACUUUUGAACAGUAAAAGAUAGAGCUUGUAUAUUUCACAUGAGUAUUUCUUGUGACAAGACCUUUCCGUGGGUACCAACAUUUUUUACCCUGUGACCUUGACCUUGGAGUUUGACCUACUUUUUGAAAACUUAAACCUUGCAAAUAACUUGAACAGUAAGCGAUAGAGCUUUGAUGUUUCACAUGGGUAUUCCUUAUGACAAGACCUUUCCAUUGGUACUAAACCUUUGAUCUUCACAUUUGACCUACUUUUUAAAAAAUUUACAUUGGUCAUAACUUCUAAAUGGUAAAUAUUAGAGCUUUCAUAUUGUACAUGAGCAUUUCUUGUAACAGGAUCUUUCUACUGGUACCAAAGAGAUGUUUGUCCUUGUGACUUUGGCCAUCUUUGGAAUUGGCCAUUAUCAGGGGCAUUUGUGUUUUACAAACACAUCUUGUUUUCAAUACAAUACAAUACAAUGCAAUAUGUAUCUUGAUAUGGUUAAAAUGUAUCACGAUAUAUUGUGUGAUACAUCUCAACUGUAUUAUUACACCACAGUGCCAUGAUUUGAACAAACUCCUUCCACUUUUUUUUUUACUUAUUAAAGCAUACAGUUGUGUGCGAGAUUAUGUAAUGCGUCUUUUGUUCCCCAACAAAUUUUGUUUAUAGACUUUAUUUUGCCAGGAUUGAUACGAUAACUGGUUUCCUCUUCUGUAUAUGCCAAAUAUUUAUCAUCAAGGCAAUCCUCCUUUCUCCUUGUGGAUCAUUCAAUUAACUGUUGUCACUCUCGUUAUCUGAGGCAAACAGAUUUAUACAGAAAGUAUGAAUUUUCUUUUCCUGAAAACAUUCCAAUUGUGUGUCUCGUGACCUCACGAGUUCGUUGUAUAAUUCUUAAGAAUAGUAAGAAUCUCUGUUAUCAUGUGGAGUCUUCAUAGAUUGUGUUUUAUUUACAAUGUACAUUUGAUUGGCUGUGAUUUAAAAGGACAAACAAAUACAAAUAUUUAACUCUUUAAAUAGAUUAUGGCAAGUGAA